UAUACCAUAAGGUCACACUCAUUUUAUCAUUGGACAAUAAUGCAAACUACUUAUUUUCGAAAAUAUAAAUCAUAACAAUUAUCAACUGUGGUCCCACUGUACGUAAAAACUGUGUCUUGAAUGAGUCAGAGCAUUAUUUGUAAAUACCUGGUACAGUGUAAGCAGAAUGUCUUAUGCAUCAAGAGUAUUAGAUUUAAAAUUGCUGUUUGUGCUAUUCCUGUGUGAUGGAAUGUAUACUAAUCAUCAAGUACAUGCAAUAAAAAAAGUGCUUCAUUUUACUGAUGACGACUGUGAUGUUUACCGACACAAUGUAAAAUCAGAAGAUGAUAUAUAUGAAGUACAAUGGGAUGGUGAACCUUAUCCUGAAUUUUGUAGUAUUAGAUUUCAACUAAUGACCGGAGGUGAUAGAAGCAAGAUGUGUGCUAAAGUUACAACUCUAAAUUUGCAGUGUGAGGGCCCUGAACUUGCUUAUUUUUAUGCAACAGAUAUAAGACGUUAUACCUGUCAUGAUACACUACCUGUGGAUGAAUAUUGUGAUGAUCGCAUUAUUUAUAUCAAGUUAGCCCCUUAUAAAAAGGCUAGCACACAACAUUAUUCAUCAAAAGUAAGAAUAACCAUUACAGCUACAGCUACACUUGAAAAGGAUUCCACUAGUACAGCUUCUGUAGCAGUAGCAGCAUGCAUUGGUGUUGCAAUGGUUGUUUUCAUGGUUGUUGUAUUUUACUGUGUAUAUAAAAGACGACAGGCUGCUUUGAGACAAAUGGAACAAUCCGGAGGAGUUGUUCUGGGUAGACAAGGAAAUAUGGUUAUAAUGGCAGCUCCUAUUACAUAUGCAAAUAAUGAUGUAUCUGUUCCUUUUCGAGAUCAACCAAUGGUACCACACUUCUCUGAUAAUCAAAGGACACACUCUGGAAAUACUGGUUUCCAAGAUUCAAAUGUGCAAAAUAGUUUACAUGACAAUCAUCAACAAUCAGCUCCACCUCCGUCCUACUGUGAAGUAACAGGUUACAAAUAAAGCAUUUUUUGGUAUCAAGUAUGGGCAGCAGUAACUCUUUCUCUACUGGACACCAGAGUUUGAAGCUAUUAUUAGGAAAUGAAAUUGAGUAAUCUAACUAGUAGACAAGUAAAAAUUGUCUGAUGUUAGAAUAGGACAUUUCUUUCCUGUAGGAAUAUACAUAGACCAAUCUUGAGUUCUUUUACGAAUGAGUUAUCCACCGUUUAACCCGAGGUCAAUCAGGGGGAAGUCAUUUAACUAUCUGUUCUUACUGUGACAUAAUUACAUAAGCAUUGUGACAUAGGAAAUGUACAGGAAAAUGCACUAUUUGAAAGUCGCCUAUAGUGGAGGAUCCAAUCUAAACUAAACCGACAGUGUGAGACCCUCAUGGGUAGUCAAGGUGGUUAAACACCCUCGUAGCUCUAAAUUAUGCAACAUUUAAGUUUAGGAUGACAUUAAUUGUCUUUUCAGUGCCAAGUCAAGAAUUUGAAAUUUAUUUUUCUUUUUAUCCAUCAUGUUUUCACGUUCAAAUUGUUAUUGUUUAGUAGAUUUCAGUCUCAUUUUUUUUAUCCUAGUACUUGAGGUUUAUUGGUUGGUCAUUUUUUAAACAACAUAUGUAUCUCACAUAUAUGCAUACUGCUUAAAAUACUGUAGCUGUUAACACUUUCUUGGUGAAUAUCUACCAUAUCUAGAAACCUGUUGUGUUAAUUAUAGAUAAGUUUAUGAAACUAUUUGGUUAAAGAAAAUGAAAGAUACUAAAAUAAGGCUAUUUGGUAUGACUUCCAAUGAGACAACUAUCCAACAUAGUCCAAUUAACAUGUAUAAAUCAGCAAUAAAAGGCCCAAAGAUGAAAAAAUGGGAAACAAUUAAACCAAGAAACCAAAGGCCUGAUUUAUGACAGAACAUUGUAAAGCAAAAACAGAUAUAACAGACAGCAACCAAUGACAACAACUGAAAUACAGGCACCUGAUUUGGGACAGGCACAUAAAAAAUUUGCCAGGGUUAAACUUGUUUUUGAAAACUCAACUGUCCCCCUAACCUGGGUCACUGGUGUAACAGUACAACAUAAGAACAAACUGUAAAAAUCAGUUGAAAAUGUCACCAUCAUUCUAGAUUGGAAAAAGAAAUGUAUAUUGUUAAAUCAAAUUAAAGUUGUAGUAUUAUGAAAUGAAGAUGGUUGUUUUUAUAAGUGUGCUAUGUUUACAUUAUUUAAGAAUUAAGACGUGUAACAUUAAUAACAUGUUGUUUUCAUUUUUAGCUCACCUUUACAAAAAUCUUCUUCUCUGAAACUACUGAGACAAAUUUAACCAUACUUGGCCAUAAUCAUUAUUAGGGUAUCAAGUUUAAAAAAUUUGUCCGAUGACCCCGCCUUCCAACCAUCAUGGCUGACUUGGUUAAAAAUAGAACAUAGGGGUAAAAUGCAGUAUUUGGUUUAUAUCUCUGAAACUAAAGCAUUUAGAGCAAAUCUGACAGGUGGCAAAAAUGUUCAUCAGAUUUAGAUUUAUCUGCCCUGAAAUUUUCAGACGAAUCCGACAACCUGUUGUUGGGUUGCUGCCCCUGAGUUGGUAAUUUUACAGAAAUUUUAGUUUUUUGUUAUUAUCUUAGAUAUCAUUUUAAUGUCUAAUAUCUAAUACUAUUAAUUAUGAUUUUAACCUUAUUUUACAUGAUUUCCAAAGCAUCAGUAAAUACAGGUGAGCGACACAGGCUCUUGAGAGCCUCUAGUUUAAGAGUGUGAAUACCAUGGAUGUUGAUGUUUGUUUACUUUCAUGACUGAAACAUUUUGGAGUUUGUUGUUUGAGUUGCUGUAUUUUUGUAAAUAUGGUACAAUUGAUGAAGUGGCAUUUAAAGCAAAAGCAGAACUAUCCAUAGAAGAGUUGGUGGUCUAUGUGAAACAAGAGAUGCAGAGAAAAGGUUUCCUGUCACGAGAGUUUGCUUCUCUGCCUAAUGACAUGAGUAGUGGUAGUAGAGAAAUAUUAUUAGGGUUUGCUUGGUUGCUUUGUAAAGAAGGUCUGAUUGAUAAAUUUAUGGAAUCCUGCUCAUCCCCACUAGAUGAAGAAGAUCCAUCUUUCAUGUAUGAGUUUGAAUUUGAAGAUAUGACCAAACCAUCAAAGCAAAUGCAGACACAAAGAGUUCUUUCCCCUGGACAGAAAGUUCAACAUUUAAGACUUUUAAAUGGUAAACUUAGAUCUAAUAUUAGGCAGCUGCAGGCUUUACAGAGGGAAAAGACAAAGCUUCAAAACAGGGUACAUGAUAGUACAUAUGGUGUAUCACUGAACCCAGAGAGGAACCAUUUGUCUGUUAUGGAGGUCCAUCUGUUAAAACACCCAGAGUUAAUGAAAAAGAUAUUAAAGUUGUUGGAAAAAGACAAUGAAAGACUACAAAACAUGUUGUCAUGGAAAGAUCAGGAGGAAGUCUUUUGGAAAUGGAUGGAAAGCGUACUAGAUCACAAACUGAAAGAUAAAGUAGAGGACAUGAGUCCUGGAAGGAUGACAUUUUACAACAUACCGCCAGAUGCUGUCGUCAAGAUGGAGUCAGCUAAACAACAGCUAGAGGAUGCCAUUAUGAAGUAUGAACAAAUAAUUGAGGAGAUUGAGGAAAUAUGGGAAUCACAGCGUUCAUCAGUAUCAGAAAGAGAACUAGACAACUUGUUAUCCUCCAUCAAUACAGAGAUUUCACUUCAGAGAGCAAAUCUUGCUCUUGACAGUACAGAAGAUAUUUUACGCAAUCAAAAAGAAACUCGCUUUUUGUUAACAAAGAACAACAGUAAAAAACUAUUAAAUUUAUCUAGCCAUAUAUCAAGUCAUGUGACACCACAGGAACAAUCUCUACCAGCAGUUGAUAUUGAACAGGAGUUAGCACUCAUGGAAAGGCAGUUAGAGAGGAUUGAACUGGAGACAAAUAGAAAAAGAGAAAAGUACAGAUGCCAAUUGGAAAAUCUGGCUUCAACUGUUCCCGAAGCCAUUUGUAUUCAGCCAAUGUCAUGUAGAUAAGUCCCAGGUUUUGCAGAUAUUUUCAUGGGUUUCUUUGUUUUAAAUGUAGUCAAACUUCAGUAACUAAAAUGAUGUUAAGGGGUAUUUUUUAAGCUCCUGUUUGUCAAGGAGGAGGUGUUCUAAAGGCCCUUUUCUGCCUAAAAUUGGCUGAUUUAUGCCUGAAGAUAAUUAAUAUAUAUGUGCAAAGUUUAAGUUGUAAGAUCUUUAACAAUAUUAAGACUAUUCAAUAAGAUUUUACAAUCAAAACACAGCCUAAUUAAAUUUUUCUUCAAAUAUGACAAAAAUUGCAUAUUUUGACACAUAUUUGUGUGUGGAAAAUAUUGAGCACAUGCAAGUUCCACAAACAUGAUUAUAAUAGAGGUAUAGUUCAUACCAACAAGCAUAGGGAUAAAUUAUUUAGGUGGUAUUUGCGUUUGCUCUAUAUUUACUGGUCAUAAGCUACUUAAAAAUUUUAGAUUUGAUCAUAAAAAUGCAUAGAAGUGACAUUUUCAUGUAUAAGAGCUACAUUAAUUGUGAGGUCAUGAAUCAUAAACUACUUUUUGUUUUGCCUUGACAAAGUCAUUUAGGUGAGACUUAGGUGUGUUGUUUUUGAGGUUGGCUGCUGACUUUGAAUCUUUUGCCAAAUUUUACAUGUUAAACUUGUGAUUAGGUCAGUUUAAGAUAAACCACUGAUGGUAAGUCAAUGAUAUUUGUUUUGCAGUUGUAUUAGCAUUGUAUGUCUCUUUUCCAUGCAGGUUAUAUAUAUUGAUUGAUUGGUGUUUAACGCCACUUUCAACUCUAUUGUGCUAUUUCGUGGCGGUCAGUUUUUAUUGGUGGAGGAAGCCGGAGUGCCCUGAGAGAACCACCUACCUUCAGGUUAUAUAUGGCCCAUCCCUUUCAGUCAUGGUUAAUUGACUUUGAAAUUCUUGCAUUGUUAAUGUUUUAAAGUUUUUGUUAAGGUACCACUUAGUACAUGGAUUCAUCAUUGUUUGUGAGAUACAAAUUUUCUUAUUUCAUGAAUAUAGGUAAACCACAAAUUUAAAUAAAUGAUCAACAAAGUACAUAUUUGAUAAAGGUUUGUAUACAGACUGUCUGUAUAAAAACCUUGAUUGACUUAGCAAAAACCACUAAAUCAAAUAUCCAUGAAAAUACAGUUUUCUCCAAUCCACGAAAAUUAGUUGCCAAAAAAAUAAAUUAACUCACAGUAUGAUUAGUCAAAGUUAUUUGGUAUGCAAUUGUAUAAGUAUUGGCAUUUCACAUUUCCAGGGAGAUUGUUUGGCCCUGCAAAUGAUUUAUUGACUUGGAGAAUAUUUUGUAUAGUUAACAUUUUAAAGUAUUGUCAUUUUUAUUUCAAUGUUUGCAUUUUACCAUCAAAAUUACUUAUUGGUGAGACACAAUUCUGUGUCAACAGUUUAUUUUGUUUUGUAUAACUUCAACUUUGAAAUGGAGCUGUAAAUCCUAAAUUCAAAUAUCAGAUAUCAGUGAAAAAUUAGCCAAAUAUGGGUCUUAUCAAAUCCUGUCCUUUAACAAGUAAGUUAAUUUCCUCAGUAAGUAUUCCAUUCCCUGGUUUUGUCUGUAUACCUAGAUGCUUUUUCAAAGAUAUCCUCUUCAGAAUUUAUUGGUUCAUUAUUUACAAACGUGAUCUUAUACUCUUUGAAGAAUUUGUGAAUAUUGAUGUAGAAAUAAACAAUUGACAUGCACACAUUAGACAGUUUUAGGAACAUUUUAGGAAGUGUCACUGAAGUUUAUAAACAGAAGAAUACUAUACUUUGUAUUGUUUAGAGUAAAUAGAUCAGUGACCAAGAACAUUUUUAUCAGCAAUUUUAAAUUACUUACUUUUCUGUAGGUGUUUUUAGUUGUUUUGUUUUUUUAAUACAAUAUUUGAAAGCCAUAUAAAUUGAUUUCUUUGGCUUAGAGCUGUUAUAUGAUAACAGAUUUUUUAUAUCAUAAUAUAUGAUAACAGAUUUUUUUAAAUAGGGAAAUUAUAAUGUGGGUAUUUGAUUUAUAUUUGACAAAAACAUUUUGGAUUGAAAUCAGCAUGAAACAUAUCACCUUGAUUUUUCCUGUGAAUUUUUUUUCCUGGAGUUUUUUCUCCUAUUUAUUUAAUUAUCCAUCCAAAUUCCAAUGACCAUAUAGUGUUAUCCCACUAAUCCUGAAACUUGCACAAAAACUUGGAAGAAAAUUAGUGGUAAAACUGACUGAAGAACAGAAGCCACCAUUAUGUCAACAAUCAUUUCAAAUUAGUGAAUUCAACCUUUUUUCUUUGUCUACUGGCGGGAAAUUUAAGCAUGCAAUUUUAUAUUUAUUUUAAACUAUUAACAAGUACAAGUCUCUUUUAUGGUCUAUUAUUAAAUAUUAAAAAAAGAAAUGUUCGACUAUUAUCUAAUUAUAAUUACAAAUAAAAGGAUAUGUUAUAUAAACAUAAAUAACCCAACAAUAAUAAAGAACAAACAUGAAGAGGUCAUUGCAAGUCAGUAAAUCAAGCAUUAAAGGGGCAUCAGCUAUGAUUAAGACAAAAAAUUAAAAUAUGAUUCUUUUUGAUUCAAGUAUUAAUAACAGUGGAAUUUUGAAAUGAUAUUUUGUUAUAAACAGUCAGUUUAGUCCAAAUUUGUCAAAAUAAGCUUAAAAAAUAUCUCUGAUGUAUUAUUGACUUGCAAGUCAAUAAUUCAACCUCAAUUGAAUCUGUAUUCAUGUGACCUUUAAUUUAACCUCUUAGAUGGAGAUGGAUUAUUCAUGUACUAGGUGUGCUCAACUAUUUAAAGGAAAAGAAUGUAAACAUUGAAAGAGAAACAAGGGUGAACCAUUUUGUUGACUUAUUCAAUCCACUAAAAAUCAUUCUUAUACCAGUAAAAAAGAUGAUUAAUAUAUUUUUUAACCUAUAACAUAAAAUCAAACAGAUCUAGAAAAUCCAAUUGCAAGUGCUCACUAUCUUUUUAUGUUUAUGUUUAUUUCGGGUUAUAUGACCGUCUGCCGUCCUUGAAGGUCAUCUGGAUGGUUAAUGAGAUGGCAUCUAGACUAAAAUACACACGAAAUGCUGAUACAUAUUAUAGAGUACAUGCAUUGUUAAUUGUUUACUUUAGACUUUUUGUAAUUUGGAUAUACGUUUUAGUAUGUUAUAAAUCAAGUAUGAGAAUUUGAGUCAAAUCUGUGAACCUGAAUUUGACAUCUAAUGCCCCUUUAACAGUAUGUCAUUUUAACUUUUUUCAUCUGGCAGUUUUACUUUGUUCAAAACAUUGAUACUCGUAUGUGAUCAGAUAAAAAUUAAGUUAUGAUUACAUUCCAAACCUAAAACAAGGAGAUAACAGAUAUUUAUAAGGAAUUGUGUUCGUAGUUGUGGUCUAUCAUUAUCUGUAAGCUUAAAAUCUUCUCUAUAAAAAUAUUGGGUCAGUUGGAACCAAACUUAACCACAAUCAUCCUACUGUUAACUAGUUUAAAAACUAUGUCUGAUGGCCCUGUCAUAUUUUGUCUAUCUAUUAUAAUGUUCAUGUUUUAUACAAUAUAGAAUCAAAGAAGAUGUGGUAUGAUUGCAUAUUUUCAUUGAAUUUGAUGUAUGUUACAUAAAGCCCCAAUAUGUCACCUUUUUUUCUAGCUGAAUUUUCAAAUUAGGAUAAAUGGUCAUUAUCACAAUGUAUCACAGCUUAAAAAUGACUAGAUAAGAAAUAUGUAUUUUUGUUUGAAAAUUUAAGAAUCACGUUUUCUUUACGAUGUUAUAAUUCAUAUAAAUCUUUCAAGAAUUCAAAAAGAAUCUUAAGGCCCUAAAGUAAGUUUCAAACUGCCUUUAAUUGCAGAUUGAUGAGUUUUAAAACAUGGUUAUAGAAUUGUUUAUUUAAAGUUUGCCAUAUACAGCAUUAUAUUUAAUAUAUAUAUCUAUUAUAUAUGUAUUUAUUGUGGUCUUAUUUGUUUAUUUUUUCAGUGUUUAGUUUGUUAUAUUUUUCACGACUUUUUCCAUUAAAUUAUUAUUUCAAA